UUGGACACGUGAUCCGGAUAUUGCGCAACUCCAGGGCUGUCCUCUUUGUCUGCUGGGAGAUGUUUGUCUAUUUUGCUUCCGUUACACAUCCGCAGAACAACUUUUGGAGGUACAAGAAGCCGAAUUCAUCAUAUUUAUCGAUGAUACGUCAAUAAGGGAACUAAUCUCAAUAGUUUAUAUGUAGUUUUGAGUAGUUAACUAAUGUUUAAUCCUCGAAGCGCGACUGAUAACCCCGAUUUUAGAUUAGUUUACGUUUUCGUUAGAUAACGAGCUAGCUGCUAGCUAGCUAGCUAUUUAUUUGAUUAAGCAACAUACCGUUAGCCGGCAGGAACACACCCGUGCAACUAGAAGUCUGCUGAAAGUCAGUUAGUUGUCAUUCAAUUCAACAUGGACGUCAGUUUGUCAGUGUCACUGCUGCGGAACCAGAUGGGAAGUGUUAUUGAGCAAGCAGUGACUGCAGCGGUGGAAACGGUUUUGGGGGAGAUGGUCAAAGUAGUGGGCUGCAAACUCGAGGAGUACAGCAAAGAAAUGACUGCUAAAGAAAAGGAGAACGAGAGUAUCAAAAAAAUGCUGGAAAUAUCGCAGUGUCAGAUGAAGACAAUGAGAAAGUACUUGAGCGCAGUGAUUGCCAAAGAUGAGCGACAGGUCCUCAUUAAUCAAAGGAAUGCGCAAAAGGAGAAUGAAUUGAACAGGACUCACCGUAUUCCUGCCGGGCAGGGGCCGACGCAGCAAUUUCGUGGUAUGAAGCGCACUUUGAUCAUGAGCGAGAAAGCGAAAAAGCCUUUGACACAGAGUCCAAGUGUCUAUACUUCUGACGUUUUAGCCCAAGCUGCAUCAUCCUCUGACAGAUUGUCUGACAAGUCACCAGGUCCCCUCGAACUCGCCCAGGAGUCGGCCUCAAUGCCAGGGAGAGAAGACUCGUUUGAUAAUACAGUUCCCUGCGUCUCCAGAGAAUCAUCUGAGUUGGCACAUAUGAAAGCGGAGCGCAGGGUCUGCCCUGAGGUGGAGAGUGCGGUGGAGAGGGAGGAGGAGGAGGAGGAGGACGAGGACACUUCCGAGUCCGUUUGGGUUUCUGGACCCCCGUCCGCCUCGCAGGGCGAGCACGCAGAGAUUCUGGAUUCGGCCCCCCAGUCUCCCCUGGAGACGGUCACGGACCCCAGCGGUUCGGCGGGCUGGGAUGCGCCAGUGCGGGCCAAGGAGGAGGAGGCGGAGAUCGAAAUCAUCUGCAUCAAGGAGGAGCCGGACGAGCUGGAGCCCUACUCGCUGAACGCCCCCUCGCUGAACGCCCCCUGUCCCAGCCUGGGCCUGGGGCAGCGAAGCCCUCCGCUGGAGCGGAGCCGGCCCCUGGGGGCCGAGCGCGCCGCAGUCACCUCCUUCAUGUAUCCAGACUCCCACAGGCAGCAGACUGCGGGCCAGAGGCAGGCGCGGUGGAGGCACCGCAUGCGGGAGCAGAGCCUGUUCGAGGACCACAAGCACCGCAAGGCCGAGCUGAAGCGGCGGAGCCAGAACAGGCGGCGCGAGCGGGAGAAGAGCCUGCCGCAGCCGCUGCUGGCCGCCCUGGAGCGGGAGCGGCGGGAGAAGAACCGCAUCCGCGUCGCGCGCUGGCGCGCCAAGCGCAAGCUGCAGGCCGGCCUGGUGACGUCGCCGCCCGCGCAGUUCAGCUACCCGCCCGCCUCCGCGCAGCACGCCGACAAACUGCACUGCCACCCGCAGUACGCCGCGGCCGCCCAGCCCGGCGCCCUGCUGUUCAGCGGCCCGCAGUGCGAGAGCAGCUCGCUGUUCUCUCUGCCCUUCAGCUCAAACCCCCUGCUGCCCGACCUCAGGCACGACACAUAGCUUUGGUAACCCAGGUAACCCACUAUGACAUCGUACUCCCGACAGGGCAUUCUGGGAGCUGACCCUGAGCUCGACCAAUAAUGUGGCUUCAGGGCUGUGGAUUCCAGGUUUCUACUAGCAACAGGAUUUUCUUUUUCUUUUUUUUUUUCUUUUUCUUUUUUUUGCUUAAUAGUUCCUGAAAAUGCAGCAGGAAGUUGUACAACUUAAGGACACAUAGUACAAUAUAGCUGAAACUUUCCACUAUGCAUCUGGCUGAAGUCAAAAUUGCAGUCGUAACAGAAAAACUAUGGGAGAAGAGGAGCAAUACAGAGAAUACUUGUUUAUGUAUAUUGCCAUAUUUAAAUGUUUUUGAUAAUUUAUUACUUAUCAGCUUCUGUAUGUAUUUUUAUGUAAUCAUUGACCUGUCUUUGAAUUAUGGAGAAGGUGUUCGAUCUUAAACAGUACCUGUCUUCAUGUCUGUAGAAAUGUGGGGACUUUUAGGUAUGAUAAACUGGUGCAACUCGUAACUGUGGCGUGUCAUUGUUGCCUAGCUAAUAGACGGAUGCAGAGAUGUUAAUACUUGAGUGAAAUGGUUUGGUCGUUCGUUUCCUGCUGUUUGAUGCACAUCAGUGAAAGACCUCAGACUGUAAUGUUGUUUGGAUUACAAUUUUAUAAUUUUGUAUGUAAGAGCCAACAUUUACAAAGUAUUCAGAUGUUCAAAUGUCUCAUAGUAGGCCUCUCCAUACACAAGGAGUGUAUGGUCAUAUUAUGUUUUAACAUAAUCCUUGUUCAGUCAAAAUAUAAUUUGCAUUUUCAUGUUACUUACAUAACAUAACAGGUUGACAGAUUAAUGCAGUCAUGUUAUUAGAUUUUGUCUGAUUUAGUUCUCACACAGUCUAUGCCUUUGAGGUUGCCUAUAAGAAUAACAAAAUCAUGUACCAGAAAAGAGAUCAGCAUGAUGGACAUGGUCCCAUGGUGUCUCCAAAGCUUACAAUAUGUCUAAUUCAGGAAUGACAUGGUAUAUUUACAACUCUCACCUCAUAAUUUACAACUCGUAUAAUGUCAGAUAAUAUUUCAAAGAUGUUUUGUUCUGUUAUUAUGGCUUAAGUGAUAGAAACUGCAGCUACCAUUAGAUACACACAGGGACACACUCUUAGUAUUGCAGAAUAUGUAUGGGUGGUGAAAUAAAUAAAAAAUCCAAAUGGAUGUACACAUUUCA